AUUCAUUAUUGUAGCUUCAGUUAUAGCUUCGUUUAUGAUUAAUAAUGAUUACUAACGAGAAUUUUGCUGGGAAACUCAAAAUUCGAACACACGUGCCACUCGUUACUCCCGCGCGACAUCCUUGUGCCAACCGCAAAGACUACAGGAACUCCCCGGAUAACGCCGCGACGUGGCACCUCGUGCGGCUGCGACUGCGAGGCGGGUGCAGGUGCGACGCGCAGGUGACACGCCCGCGCUUCAGGCUGGCUCCGCAACCGUCGGUAAAACAGUUCGCGCAGCGAAACGGCUGUCCGUUUUUACCCUGGCCUGCGUUACCUCAAAUCGAUCCCUCGACCUUCCGAACGAGGAUGCAAAUCGCGAAAUCGCAAUAUUCGUUCGCGUUAAUAAAACGCGGAAUAACAAAAUGGGGAAUUAAAUUUCGAGCUAUGUUUUUUAUUUCUCACGUUCCAUUCCGCGUUCCUUAUUCCUCGCAUUCCGGGCCCUUAAAGUCGGGACGCGCCGUCACGCCACGCUGAUAAUUUUCAUGUCGGUGGCUCGGCAACGCGAGGGUUUACGUUACGCAACGACGCAAGACGCGAGCUGGCACGGGCCGAUAAGAUUAUCGGCGUCGUCGGCGAGGGUCCCGCUUCGCGUUUUCGCAACGACGUACGGCGCGACGACGACGACGACGACGUCGACCGCGCGACGCGCCUCUCUCUAGAACAUGUUUCUCUUUAGGUGGCCAUGCGCACAGGCCCGCGCGCUCGCUCGCGCUUAGUCCUUCGAGCGGCGAAGCGACGGACGGACGCGCCGUCGGCAGACAACAAACGAGCGGAUUAGUCACGAGCGGUGGUCGUCGCGUGUUACUGUUACGUUACGUUACGUUUUACGGCGGGGCCUCGCAUUGAUCCCGCACCUGGAAGAUGGACGGACCGUCCGCGGCAACGUACUUGGGCCUCGACCUCAGCACGCAGCAGCUGAAAGCGGUGGUGGUCGACGAUAGUCUAGCUGUCCUCCACCAGACCAGCGUGCAAUUCGACAAUGAUCUCCCGGAAUUUAGAACCUACGGAGGAGUGAUACAGAAGGUGGAGGCGCCUCACGUAGUCGUGGUGCCUACUCUCAUGUGGGUCAAGGCCCUGGACCUGAUACUGGACAAACUGCGCGUCUGCGGCGUCGACUUCAGCAAGGUCUCCGCCGUCUCCGGAUGCGCACAGCAACACGGUACCGUUUACUGGGGCAAGGGCAGCCGGAAUCGCCUGCAGCACUUGGACCCCAUAAAAUUCCUGCAUGAGCAGUUCGCCACAUCGUUCUCCGUGACUCACUCGCCCGUGUGGUUGGACUCCAGCACGGUGGAGCAGUGCGACGUUCUGGAGGAGAUCGUGGGUGGCCCUCAAAAAUUAGCGGAGAUAACGGGCUCGCGAGCGUACCACAGGUUUUCCGGGCCGCAGAUAGCGAAGAUCGCGCGCACCAAGCCGGAAGCCUACUGCAACACUGAGAGGAUCUCGCUGGUGAGCAGCUUCCUCGCCUCCUUGUUCCUGGGCGAUUACGCGCCCACCGACUGGUCGGACGGCUCGGGCAUGAAUCUGCUGAAUAUCCGUACGAAGGACUGGGAGGACGUGUUGUUGGAGACUUGCGCGUCGGGAUUGCGGGAGAAACUCGGCAAGCCCGUUUCCUCGUGCUCCAACAUCGGCCCGAUAUCGCCGUACUUCGUGGAGAGAUUCGGCUUCAACGAGGAGUGCAGGGUGAUCGCGUUCACCGGCGACAAUCCGGGUUCCCUGGUGGGUAUGAGGCUAAAAGAGGGUGAUAUCGCUUGCAGCUUGGGCACCAGCGACACCCUGUUCCUCUGGCUGAACGAGCCGAGGACCGUCACGGACGGUCACGUGCUGUGCAACCCGCUCGACGACCAGGUCUACAUGGCGCUGCUCUGCUUCAAGAACGGCUCCCUGACGCGCGAGAGGAUACUGAACGAGGCGGCGCAGGGCAGCUGGCAGAUAUUCAACGAGCUGCUGGAGAGCACGCCGCGCGGCAACUUCGGCAACUUCGCCCUGUACUUCGACAUGCUGGAGAUCCUGCCGUCCAUCCUCGGCGAUUACAGGUACAACAAGGCGAACGACGAGAUCUCACGGUACAGCUCGAAGGAGGUGGAGGUGAGGGCGCUGAUCGAGGGUCAGUUCGUUGCGAAAAGGGCGCACGCCGAGGACCUUGGGUUCGUCGUCGGACCCAGCACGCGAAUAAUCGCCACGGGAGGCGCGUCCGUAAACAAGGCCAUACUGCAAGUGCUCUCCGACGUGUUCAACUCGCCGGUUUACACUAUGGAAGCGGCAAACUCGGCUAUGAUGGGUGCGGCGUAUCAGGCGAAGCACGGUUUGCUGCGCGCCACGUGCAGCUUCGACGAGAUCACGCGCUGCCUGCCGGAGCUGACUCUCAUGUGCCAGCCUUACGACGACGCCGAAUCCAUUUACAAGCCUAUGACGGUGCGUUACCGCAAGAUCGUGGCUCAGAUAUUGAAGAAAAAGAGCGAACGCAAGCACGUGUAAUAAAUGUUGUACAUAGUAACGAGAUAUUCUAAAGAACGAGGCCUUUUGUACGACGUAUUUCUACACGAAUACGAAUUUAAGACUUGUGCUUUCCAACAGGUGCGCGCGCACACUUCUUUCUUAUCCAAUUUAUAUUACAUGAACUUUUUUAUAGAUCUACAUUUCUAAAUUAUUUGGGAUAUUAAGAUUUAUGAACGCUAGUGUAAUUAAUGCUAAAAGGAAAAAAUGUUUCUUACGCGAGAAUCUCUUUUACCCUCUCGUUCGUUUUGUACGGAUUCUCUUGAGCUCAGCUUUAAUCGUAUGACUAUAAUACAUCAUCACGCGUUUCUAUUUUUCUAAAGUUUUUGAAGCGGGAUAAUUGAUGCAAAAGAGCGAUUCGGAAUUAAUAAUAUUGAUGAAAUAUUCUGAGAUUUUAUUUAAUCUAGUAUUUUGUCAAUUCAUUUAUUCAAUUUUAAUUUUAUUUAAUUAAAUUAAUUAGAAUUUUUCAAGAUUAAUGAUACGAGCUUAACUCGAAAUGGGUCUUAUAAUUGUACAAACCGAUGCGAGAUUAAAGAUUAAAUGAGAAGCAACGAGCUUAGAUCAGACAACCAAAUUAUAUUUAAAUAUAUAUAAUAUUUAUUAAAUUUAUUUUAUAUAAAUUAUAACUGUUAUAUUAUUGUACAUGAUUAUAUAUGGGUUUCGAAUAAAUGCGAUAUAUAUUUUAA